CGUCCAGCAGCUGAUCGGUAAUCCAGAAGAAGUUACCCCUCAGUUAGCGGGGAGCUACACUUUGAAGCAGGAGACUCCACAACCACCCUGCAUUAAAAAGGAAGAGGAGGAACUCUGCAUCACUCAGGAGGGAGAGUGUCUUCUAGGACGAGAGGAAGCUGAUUACACCAAGUUUCCACUGAGUAUUCUCUCUGUGAAGACUGAAGAUGAUGAAGAGAAACCACAAGUAGACAACCUCUUAGCUCCACUAUCAGAUAGUGAGGCUGAAGACGAGGUUGAAGUAACUUUGAGCAGCGAUAAAGACUGUGAAGGUGAUAUGAGGACUCACACUGACAACAAACACUCUGAAUGCUCUACAAAGAAGAGAGGUAAAACAUGUUUGAGCUGCUCAGUUUGUGCUGAAAGUUUUACUCAAAAGAGCAGUUUGACUCGACACAUGAAAACACACACAGGUGAAAAACCAUUCAGUUGUUCAGUUUGUGCCAAAAGCUUUUCUCGAAAAUGUGGUUUGACUCAACACAUGAGAACACACACAGGAGAAAAAACAUUUAAUUGUUCAGUUUGUGGCAAAAGCUUUUCUCAAAAUAGCUGUUUGACUCGACACAUGAGAACACACGCAGGAGAAAAACCAUGUACUUGUUCAGUUUGUGGCAAAGGCUUUUCUCAAAAUAGCUAUUUGACUCUACACAUGAGAACACACACAGGUGAAAAACCAUUUAAUUGUUCGGUUUGUGCCAAAAGCUUUUCUCAAAAUAACAAUUUGUCUAAACACAUGAGAACACACACAGGUGAAAAAACAUUUAAUUGUUCAGUUUGUGGCAUAAGCUUUUCUCAAAAUAGCUGUUUGACUCGACACAUGAGAACACACGCAGGAGAAAAACCAUGUACUUGUUCAGUUUGUGGCAAAGGCUUUUCUCAAAAUAGCUAUUUGACUCUACACAUGAGAACACACACAGGUGAAAAACCAUUUAAUUGUUCAGUUUGUGGCGAAAGCUUUUCUCAAAAUAACUAUUUGUCUAAACACAUGAGAACACACACAGGUGAAAAACCAUUUAAUUGUUCAGUUUGUGGCAUAAGCUUUUCUCAAAAUAGCUGUUUGACUCGACACAUGAGAACACACGCAGGAGAAAAACCAUGUACUUGUUCAGUUUGUGGCAAAGGCUUUUCUCAAAAUAGCUAUUUGACUAAACACAUGAGAACACACACAGGUGAAAAACCAUUUAGUUGUUCAGUUUGUGGCAACAGCUUUUCUCAAAAUAGCAAUCUGACUCAACACAUGAGAACACACACUGGACAAAAAUCAUUUAGUUGUUCAGUGUGCUGUAAAAGGUUCUCACGUAAUGCAGACGCAGUAAAACACAUGAGAACACACAAGGGAAAAUAACCAAUUAGUUGUUUAGUUUGUGGUAUGUUGCUCAUAUGUGGCGACAUCCACCCUACCCAGGACCUCCUCACUGCUUCUUUCACAAAUAUCUGAGGUAUUCAUACAAACUUGGAUUAUUUGAAGCAUAAUCUUAUCUACUCAUGACCCCAUGUCUUCUCUGUAUCUGAAACCUUCCUGAACAGUAAGAUAGAUGAUGCUUCAAGUGCUUGGUUACUCCUUCUUCAGUCCAGGGACCUGGGGCCUCAUGUGUCAAGUUUGUACACGCUCAAAAACCUGCACUACACCCUUUUUCACUGCAAAAUUGAGAUGUAUCAAAACUGACUAACGCAUAAGUGAUGCUGGGUAACUGUUUGCAUAACAAAUUGCCAACUUUUACUCCUCAGACUGAUUGAUGUGCAAAUCAGAGACAUAUGAACA